AUGUCUUCCUGGGAUGAAGCUCUGACGUCGGAAACGCUGCGAGAUAAGAGCACUACGGCACAUUACGUUGUCUGCGUCAAUGACAAUACAAAUAAUCACCCUGCGGAUAGUUUAAAGCGCCCUAGCGGAAAUUUGUUUAAAAAAGUGGAAAGCAAAAUCUCUGACGGAGACAUCAAAGGAGCUGCCCGUCUUUUGUUUUCUGACGAUGCAGUGGCGCCGGCCAAUUCAGACACUCUCGCAGCUCUUCACGCUAAACAUCCACCUUCAGACCCGAACCUGGAUCUUCCAGUUCCCCCUCAACCUGAUGAUCCCACUCUAAUUGCAUCCACCGAGGAUGUUCUUGGAGCCAUUCUUUCUUUUCCCAAUGGUUCAGCAGGAGGCCUUGACGGUUUAUCUCCACAACACCUCAAGGACCUUUUGUACUGUGGCUGCGGUGAUACCAAGGAAAAUCUCUUGAGGGACUUGACGGCUCUUGUAAACAUCAUGCUUGCUGGUCAAGUCCCUCUAGAGAUCACAAACAUCUUAUAUGGUGCAAACCUAUGCGCCUUAACUAAAAAAGAUGGCGGCAUCCGGCCCAUAGCGGUUGGCUCCACUUUGCGCCGCCUUGCAGCAAAAAUUGCAUGUCGCUCUAUACUUAAAGACCUAGCUCCCGAACUUCAGCCUGUGCAGCUCGGUUUCGGGUCCAAAAGCGGCUGCGAAGCCGCUGUCCAUGCCGUACGGACCUAUAUUGAGCGCCAAGCAGGAGAGGUUCUUCUGAAGGUGGAUAUCUCCAACGCUUUUAAUUCAGUAGACAGGGGCGCCUUGUUGACACAAAUUAAAGAUAAAAUUCCUUCUACCUAUAACUUUCUCUGGCAGUGCUACAGUUCCCCUUCUAAAUUGUUUUACCAAACUGACCCUUUGUUUUCUUCCGUAGGUUGUCAACAAGGCGACCCUCUCGGUCCAGCAAUAUUCAGUCUCGCCAUUCAUCCCAUACUUAAAAACCUAAAUUCUAAAUUGAACAUAUGGUACCUAGAUGACGGCACCCUCGGAGGUGAAGCGAUUUCAGUUCUAGAUGAUUUAGUGAAAUUAAAAACUGAUCUACAACUUAUCGGCUUAUCCCUUAACUUUUCAAAAUGUGAACUCUUUGUUACAGAGACCUGCCCUAGCAAAGAUCACAUAUUACAACAGUUCGAACAAGUAGCUCCAGGAAUCAAAAUUAUUAAUAAAGAAACGCUUCAACUCCUUGGUUGUCCCAUCAUGGACCAAUCGUUUCAUCGUUUCAUAGACAAGAAAAUCGAAAUUUUUAAAGCGUCGUCACACCGUCUGGCUAAUAUCAACAUACAUUCGGCAUAUUGCAUCAUAAAACACUGUUUAUUUGUACCCAAAUUUACAUACAUACUUCGCGGCUCACAUUUCUGGAAGCAUCCUUCUCUGAUCUCAAAUUUGGACAAUUUAGUUUUGGAAACACUCACCACCAUCUUUAACAUUUCCUUUAGCGAAAGAUCAUGGACCCAGGCUAGCCUACCCAUCAGGUUAGGCGGCUUGGGCAUCCGUAAAAUUUCUAGUGUGGCGCUGCCUGCGUUCUUGGCUUCUGUACACGGUGCUCAAAACCUCAUCAGGAAAAUUUUAGCCCCUUCCAUUGGGGUCCUAGAGGCUGCACACUGUACCGAGGCCAAGAAUGUUUGGCAGCUAACAUGCCCAAACACAGACCUGCCUGUUAACCCAUGUUCGCAAAAGCAGUGGGACGGGCCUCUCUGCCGUCUAACAAGGGACCGCCUCCUAGAGACGGCUCUUGAUUCGGCAGAUCGGGCUCGCCUUCUCGCUACCGCGGAAUGGGAGUCAGGUCUGUGGCUACAUACACUCCCAUCCACCACAAUAGGAACAUUGCUGGACAACACCACAUUCCGAUUAGCCACCUGUCUCAGAAUAGGGGCAUCAGCAAAUGUGCCUCAUCGCUGCCAGUGUGGAGCUACGGUAGACAGUCUUGGCCACCACGGCCUCUCAUGCAGCCGAAGUGCCGGGAGAAUUCCUCGCCACGCUAGCCUCAACGACGUCAUCCGGAGGGCCCUUGCUAGCGCAAAAGUGCCGGCCGUCCUCGAACCCAACGGCCUGGCCAGGGUUGAUGGAAAGCGGCCUGAUGGGAUGACGCUGGUGCCUUGGAGUAUGGGUCGGCCACUCGUCUGGGAUGCUACAUGUGUAGACACCCUAGCUCCGUCCCAUAUUCCAAGCACUAAAGUUGGUGCUGGUGCGGCUGCAUCCUCGGCUGAAGACCUCAAACGUCGCAAGUAUGCCAACCUCGGAAGUAGCUACAUAUUUGCGGCGUUUGGGGUUGAAACCUUGGGGCCGUGGGGGCCUAGUGCGCGUCGCCUUUAUGAGGAGCUGUCCAAGCGCCUCAUAGACGCAUCUGUUGGCUGA